GGCAGGAAAAAGAAAGAGGAGAGCAAAGACCCACAAAUUCGUGCACGUGAGAGAGAGUGUGAACGCGCCUAUGAGUGACGGCGCGUCGGACAGGAGAAGACGAGAAGAAAAAGAAGAAGAAGAAGAAGAAAAGGACGAAGAAGAGAGGACAAACAAAAAGAAGAAGAAGAGGAGUUAAAAAGGGGGGAAAAAAGUGCGGGAGGAGUUGGUCGCUACUUUUCCCCUCCAGCUGCGGACCGAACAGAACCGAAGAGGAAAGAGAAGAACAUGGACGCUUCAACUUUACUGCUCCUCUCCCUACACAUGACGGCCGCCCUCAAAGCAUGUCUUUUCGGGCACGGUCCGGACUGCAGUCUCGUCCAGUCAAAGGAAGACGACUUGGACUGGGAGCAAGGAGACCCUCAGGACAAAGCGGCGGGCGAGCCGUGGUUCCCUACAGGCUCCUCCCCCUUCCUAUACGUGAACACGACGGGUCGCUACAGUGGUCAGCGCGCCCACCUGCUGCUGCCGCAGCUCAAAGAGAAUGACACCCACUGCAUCAACUUCAUGUUCUAUCAGACGGCAGCGCGCGACAGAGCCACGGCUGCCACGCUCAACGUCUACGUCAAAGAGAACAACAGCCCUCUGGGUGUUCCUGUCUUUAACUCGUCUGGCCCCGCCCACCACACCUGGAGAGGGGUGGAGCUUGCUGUGUCCACCUUCUGGCCUAAUUACUACCAGGUGGUUUUUGAGGCAGUCAGCAGCGGGCACAGAGGGGGCGUGGCCAUCAGAGACAUCACACUGCAGGGACACCAGUGCAUGAGCACACCUCACUUCCUGCACAUCAAAGGCGUGGAGGUGAACGCGGGGCAGACGGCCAUGUUUGCGUGCACUGUCAACGGACGCCCCCAGAGUAACGUACAACUCUUCCUGCAGGGUAUGAACGGUCGUCAAGCCGUCGUCAAGGAAACAAAGCCGGUUAACUCGCGGCGUUACGUGGCCACCUUCGAUGUGGACAACACCACUAAAGGUGACUCUGGACGGUAUCGAUGCAUCGGGCAGUCGGAUCGUGGAGUGGGCGUGUCCUCCUAUGCUGACCUCACUGUCAAACAGCCGCCUGUCCCCAUCGCCCCCCCUCAACUAACAGCGGUAGGUGCCACCUACCUGUGGAUCCAACUCAAUGCCAACUCCAUCAAUGGAGACGGUCCAAUCAUAGAGAGAGAGGUGGAAUACCGCACCAUGGCGGGCAUGUUGAUUGACACCACACCUGUGGACAAGCCCACCCACAAGAUAGGACACCUGGACCCCGACACUGAGUACGAGAUCAGCGUUCUGCUCACCAGACCCCUGGAGGGAGGCACAGGGAACCCUGGGCCGCCUCUGAGGGCUCGCACAAAGUGCGCAGACCCGAUGCACGGCCCACGUCACCUCCAGGUGGUGGACGUGCGCUCCAAAGAGGUGACCAUCCAAUGGGAACCUUUUGGCUACAGCGUGACCCGCUGUCACAGCUACAACCUAACAGUGCAGUAUCGCUACAGGCCUGCAGGGGCCUCCGCCAGAAAUCCGGCGAAGGAGGAAGUGCUGGAGGAAGUGGCGUACGACUCACGUGGCCUCCCGCCUCAGCACACCGUGGGAAACCUGCCACCCUUCACCAACGUCAGCAUGAAGCUCGUUGUCAGUAACCCCGAAGGACGUAAGGAGAGCGAGGAGCUGCUGGUGUUGACGGAUGAGGACGUUCCAGGAGCAGUUCCAUUGGAGUCCAUUGUGGGCAGCACCUACGAGCAGCACAUCAGUGUGAGCUGGUCAGAACCGGUGCACACAUACGGCCGCAUCCGAAAGUACGAGAUCUCCUUCAAAGCACUGAGUUCAUUCGACUCGGACUUGGACCUGACCAAUCAGAGCGGGAAGGUGCUUAAAGAGGCCAAUGAGACAAGUCAUGUGUUCACCGGCCUCUUCCCGGGCUCUACUUACUCCUUCACAAUAAGAGCAUCCACCGUCAAAGGCUUUGGGCCACCGGUCGUCACUCAGUUCACCACCAAGAUCCAAGCGCCCGUGAUGCCCGCCUACGAGCUGCAGUCUCCUCUCAACCAGACCGAGUCCACCGUCACUGUCCUGCUCAGACCCGCACGAAGCCGCGGCGCCCCCGUCAGUAAGUACCAGGUCGUGGUGGAGGAAGAGCGCCCCCGCAGGCAGAGAAGGGGAACGGCAGAGAUCUUACGUUGCUACCCGGUGCCGAUCCACUUCCAGAAUGCCACGCUGCUCAAUUCACAGUACUACUUCAGUGCAGAGUUGCCCGUCAGCCAGCUGAGGGCCCCGGCGCCAUUUUGUGUCGGUGACAACGGGACAUACGGUGGCUUCUGGAACGCUCCUCUGCUGCCUCACAAGAGCUACGCCAUCUACUAUCAGGCCGUCAGCAGCGCUAACGGGGAGACAAAGAUUGACUGCGUCCGUGUGGCCACUAAAGCUGCUAUCAUCAGCACGCAGCUCAGCACGCCACACGCCGGCCUCGCCCCUGCGGCCGGCGACAAGCAGCUCGCAGGAGCUGCCACCAGGAAGCCCGAACCGGAUCAGGAGAAACAAUCGGACCACACGGUGAAGAUCGCCGGCGCCAUGGCGGGCGUCCUGCUGUUCAUUAUCAUCUUCCUCGGAGUUGUCCUUCUCAUGAAGAAACGGAAGCUGACAAAGAAAAGGAAGGAAACUCUGAGCUCUAGACAGGAAAUGACUCUGAUGGUCAACAAUUCACAGCACACAAUGGUGGACACACACAGUCACACUCUGAAUGGACACUCAGUGUCGUCUGCAUCGUCCUUCACCAUGAAGACAAACAGCAGCACCAUUCCAAAGUCCUAUUAUCCAGACCCAUUUGUGCCGACCGCCAUACUGGUGCCCAUUAAUGAUGACAGCCACACCAUGACCAGCGAGACCAGCAGCCUGGUCCAGAACCACUUCAAGCAGCGAGACCCAGACCGAGAGCCGCCGCCCUACCACACGGCCCAGCUGCACCCCGCCAUUCGGGUCGCUGACCUUCUGCAGCACAUCACGCAAAUGAAAUGUGCUGAGGGUUAUGGCUUUAAAGAGGAGUAUGAGAGUUUCUUCGAGGGUCAGUCAGCUCCAUGGGACUCGGCCAAAAAAGACGAGAACCGAAUGAAGAAUCGCUAUGGCAACAUCAUCGCCUACGACCACUCUCGCGUGCGUCUGCAGCCUCAAGAUGGAGAGAAUGGCUCUGACUACAUCAAUGCCAACUAUGUCGACGGAUACCACCGACCCAAUCACUACAUUGCCACUCAAGGUCCCAUGCAGGAGACCAUGUAUGACUUUUGGCGAAUGGUGUGGCAGGAGAAUACGGCUGCCAUCGUCAUGGUAACCAACCUGGUGGAGGUGGGGCGGGUGAAGUGUUGCAAGUACUGGCCCGAUGACACCGAGAUCUAUGGUGACACCAAGGUGACGCUCAUCGAAACCCAGCUGCUGUCCGAAUAUGUCAUCCGCACCUUCGCUGUGGAGAAGAGGGGCGUGGCAGAGAUCCGAGAGAUCCGUCAGUUCCAUUUCACCGGCUGGCCCGAUCACGGUGUUCCGCUUCAUGCCACCGGCCUGCUUGGAUUCAUCCGCCGCGUCAAAGCCAAGACUCCGCCCACUGCCGGGCCCACCGUGGUUCACUGCAGUGCGGGAGCAGGGCGCACAGGUUGCUUCAUUGUGAUUGACAUCAUGCUGGACAUGGCCGAGAGAGAGGGUGUGGUGGACAUCUACAACUGUGUACGAGAGCUGCGAGCGCGAAGGGUUAACAUGGUUCAGACUGAGGAGCAGUAUGUCUUCAUCCAUGAUGCCAUCUUGGAGGCGUGUCUCUGUGGCGACACUUCCAUCCCGGCCAAUCAGCUUCGCUCUGUUUACUAUGACAUGAACCGACUGGACCCUCAGACCAACUCUAGUCCCAUCAAGGAGGAGUUCAGGACUCUCAACAUGGUUACGCCAACACUGCGCGUGGAGGACUGCAGCAUCGCCCUGUUGCCACGCAACCACGACAAGAACCGCUGUAUGGACGUUUUACCGCCGGACCGCUGCCUGCCCUUUCUCAUCACUAUGGACGGCGAGAGCUCCAACUACAUCAACGCCGCCCUCAUGGAUAGCUACAAGCAGCCGUCUGCCUUCAUCGUUACCCAGCAUCCUUUGCCCAACACUGUCAAGGAUUUCUGGCGACUGGUCCUGGACUACCACUGCACCGCUAUAGUCAUGCUCAACGACGUCGACCCAGCACAGCUGUGUCCUCAGUACUGGCCUGAGAACGGCGUCCACCGGCUGGGCUCGCUACAGGUGGAGUUUGUGUCAGCUGACCUGGAGGAGGACGUCAUCAGCCGCAUCUUCAGAAUCUACAACAACACCAGGCCACAGGACGGGUACCGCAUGGUUCAACAGUUCCAGUUCCUGGGUUGGCCCAUGUACCGCGACACACCUGUCAACAAGCGGUCCUUCCUUAAGCUGCUUCACCUGGUGGACAAAUGGCAGGAUGACUACGAUGGCGGCGACGGGCGCACCCUCGUGCACUGCCUAAAUGGCGGUGGCCGCAGUGGAGUGUUCUGCAGCGUCAACAUUGUGUGCGAGAUGUUACGGCAACAACGUUGUGUUGAUGUUUUCCAUGCAGUUAAAACGCUGAGGAACAACAAACCCAACAUGGUGGACCUUCUGGAACAAUACAAGUUUUGUUACGAAGUCGCUCUGGAGUAUUUGGCCUCUGCUUAGGGUGCACAGCACAGCUUCAUCCUCCCUAACCUCAUCAAGAUGAGGAGCACCACUACUGACAAUGACAAAGGAUGAAGUGGAGGACUGUUUUUGCACUGUCUUGGUUGACCAACUGCAAGCAUGGACACACACACACACACACACACACAGAUAGUGUGUGUCAUUUUUGUCUUUGUUGUGUUUUAUGUCUACGCAUCCUUGUGGUUUGCAUUUUCACAUCCAAGUGGAGCAUUCAUGCAAACUCCCUGACUGUCCCAAAGUCCCUACCUGUUUGUCCAGAUGAUGUAAUUGUUCUCAGUGCUCAUGAUGAGAAACAAAAGUGAAGUUAUUCAUUCAUAUGUGCGUUAAAGCAACAUGUGGUGUUAUCAAGAAAGCACGUGAACGUGGGAGGGCGAGCUCUUUCUGUUGUCCUGAUGACACAAUGUGUCAAGUAAGACAACUCCGGUGGACCGUAAUGUGUCUCUUUUGUUUUUUUAUAGUGAAAAAAAAUGCCAAAAGUUGUCCAUGUAUGAAUUUAUUGAUGUCAAAUUUGGGGGGCGGAGCCAGAGAGAUGACACUGUCCUCUGAAAGAAGACCAUUGAACGAUGUUCAUUUUGUUCAUAGAAAUGCAGCAAGCACACUAUUUAUUACUCCUUGUUAAUGUUGUCGUUCUUAUGAAGCAUGCAGAGAUAAGGGUGGCGUCCUGUGAUGAUCUCAGUGAGAGUUGUGGCGUGAUGACGCCAUGAAUCAGCAGCAAGUCUCUGGUGCUGAAUGAAAUGUAUUUAUUUUGAAGUUGUAUUUGUGUUGUUUGAUCUAUAACUACCACAAAUAAAAAUGAACAAACACUGGU